AUGUCCAACCGAGGAUCCCGUGCCACCUGGUACCUAACCCUAUCCAUGUUGUUUGACCUGCAGGAUAUGUCUGGAUCCAGUGCCACCUGGGAGGGCCUGAUGGGUCCCAUGCUGCCAGCCCAGUUUGCCCGGAUGACAUCACUGUCAGCGCCAGGUGUUGCUCUCAUGACUGGAGACUGGAGACCCCACUCAACAUCAGAUAAGCGGUUAGCCAGGAGAAGAGCGCCAUGUGCUGCGACGUUGGUGCUGCACACAGAGCAGAAGACAACCCAGGAGAAACAUACAGAGCAGGAGAUGGUAGAGGUCCCCAUGGAGGAGGAGGAGGACGUUGAACCUAAAGACAAGCGUCCUGUAGCUUCCACCCCUGUUCCCGGAUCUCCAUGGUGUGUGGUGUGGACGGGUGACGACAGAGUAUUCUUCUUCAACCCGACGAUACAACUCUCUGUUUGGGACCAGCCGGUAGAUCUGAAGGACCGCGGAGAGGAUCUCAACCGGAUUAUAGAAGAUCCUCCACAUAAACGCAAAAAGGAUUGUUUGUCCACAGAGGAUGAUUCUAACUCUCCGUCUGCUGAUGACGAUGAUGAUGAUGAUGAUGAUGAUGAUGAAGAGCAUUAUUCAAAAACCAAGAGGAACAAACUGGAGGAACCUCCGGAAGCCAAUCGGGACCUGAGAGAGACGGCAGGCGGAGAGACAUGCGGCACUCCUCCCCAUCGGACUGUUCUACCUUUAGAACUACGCGUCACGCACUUCAGGGACAUGCUCCUUGAAAGACGGGUUUCAGCGUUUUCUACAUGGGAGAAAGAACUGCACAAGAUUGUGUUUGAUCCGCGGUAUCUUCUGCUCACCUCUGCAGAAGAGAGGAAACAGGUGUUUGACCAGUUUGUCAAAGUGAGGAUGAAGGACGAAUACAGGGAGAAAAAGAGCCAACUGCUGCAAGCAAAAGACCAGUAUAGAAAACUGCUAGAGGAGUCCAAAAUCACAUCCAGGUCAACUUUCAAAGAGUUUUCUGAUAACUACGGCCGCGACCUGCGCUUCAAGCAAGUGCUGAAGAAGAAAGACCAAGAGCACUUCUUCAACCAAUUCAUCAACGCGCUGAAGAAGAGAGAUAAAGAGAACCGCAUGAGGCUGAGGAAGAUGAGAUGAGGAAGUGUGAGGCUGAGGAAGAUGAGA